AUCUGACCUGACAGGAAGAAGAUCCUCCAUUCCAAUGUCAAUUCGACUGCUGCCGCGCUGUACUUUGAGAACAACGACCAGACUGACCCGAUCAUCAACCUCCCUCCGCCCUUUCGCCUCCACAACUCCCAAAAUGGGUAAACAAGAAUGGAUGGUCAUCCUCCCCGACAAUGCCGGAGUUCUCGAAACAAGAAUGAAGGUCAGACCUCAACAUCUCGAAGACCUCAAACCCAAAGUCGAAUCCGGCGUCGCAGUUUUCGGAGGUGCUUCCCUAGACGAGCCGUUGAAGGAAGGCGAAGGGCCGAAAAUCAAUGGCAGUGUAAUGAUUAUUGAGGCCGAUACCAAGGCAGAGGUCGAAGAUGUUAUCAAGAGUGAUAUUUACUACAAGGAGGGUGUUUGGGAUGCUAGUAAGAUGCAGAUAUUUCCCUUCAAGAGUGCUAUUAGGAAGGAGUUGCAGUAGAGGUCCCUAGGGCUUCAUAGGUUUGUUAGUAUGGCAGGCAUAUACGUCCCACUAUGCUAAAUGGCCCGGCUUGGAGUCGACGAUGUUAAUCACUACAUUGUCCGUACUCAUUCAUAUACGGGCAUAUAUGACUUGCAAGAAGAC